GGAUUCAAACUACGAUCAUGUUGAUAUUUCUUUGACAUAUUUAGAAACACAACUGAAUCGAAAUAGUUAUUUAUAAUAAAAAGAAAUAUUUAACAGGAAAUUUUACGUGCCGAAUCAUCAGUGACACAGGCCAUUUAUUCAAACAAAAGUCAUAGUAAAGUGUAUGUUCAUUAACCUUUACCCUGCUAAAUUUACACAGUUGACUUGUCCAUCUUUCAAUCUGGACAGUGCCAUUAACUGUUAAAAGGGGUGCAUACUAAAAGGUACUGACUGAAUGGCAAACACUUACAGUGCAGAUAUUGAUCAGACUGCAGGAAGUGCUGGCUGAUCAUGAUCUACACUGGUCUCAAAGGCAGAAUCAAUCGUGUCCAAAAUGCUACCAAGUCAACUCAACUAAAUAUGCAGAGGGAACGAUACAACAUAUCAUUCUUGGUAUUGUAUGCGUUUGUGCACAUUCAAGUUGUCAUGGGAUGCUCGUGCGCCUGGAUGCCAGUGGAGGAUAUGUAUUGUAUGAGAGAUUAUGCAAUCAAAGCUACAGUUCUCACUGAGUUAUCGCCACCUUGGCAAGAUAAUGGUUUCCCAGAGGGCGUGUCUACUACCACGGAAUCAUGGUUAGACCAGCGCAAUAAGUAUUUGGAAUUUACAUAUGAAAUAGGAAUCGAAAGUGUUUACAGAUCAACGCCAGGUUACGAGUCCGCGGUGAAGAUAAUUACCACAGGAGGUUAUGGAGGGUGCAUGAGGAGACUUGUACCCGGCACCACGUAUUUUUUAAUGGGGUAUGUCAGCAAUCCCUACACGGAAGAAGGGUUCUCAACUCUCACGAUAAGCCAUUGUGAUGCCGCUUUUGACAUGGAAUACUCAUGGAGUGCUGAGGUUGUUGAAGGUUUAAUAAGCAAUCCGCCGGUAUGUGAAGAGCCGGAAUAUUCCCUUGACGACUACUUACGGAACCAUAAUCUUGAGAAGAAGAAUUCGGUACCAUCCAAUGUAUGGAAGAAGAAACGCUAAAAGUUUUUGUUUAGACUGUUCUGAAAUAAAUGUUCUUAAUCUAUUUAA